UCCCCGAGUUCACAAACUCAGUACUUUUCCUUCUUCCUUCUCUGUGUUAAGUUUUUACUUUUAGCAAACAGCAAAAAUGUGUGGUGGAGCUGUCUUCUCCGGCGUUGAUCCAACUGGCAAACUAAGCAGGAAGCUGACCUCCAACGAUCUCUUGGACGAGUUCGACACCUACGAUCUCUUCAGCUUCGAUAUCAAGCCACAGUCGCUACUCCACAUCAACAGAAACGACGACGAACCGACACCAAAACCAAAGCAAAGCAACAAGAGACAGACUCAGAAACCGAUUGAGAAACCGACUAAACCCCGGAAAAACCUCUACAGAGGGAUCCGCAGGCGACCAUGGGGCAAAUGGGCUGCUGAAAUCCGAGACCCACAACAGGGCGUUCGCUUAUGGCUCGGGACAUACAACACAGCUGAAGAAGCUGCCAAAGCUUACGAUGAAGCCGCCACGCGCAUCCGAGGCAACAAGGCCAAGCUCAACUUCCCUGAGCCGCGGACACCGCCCGUGCAGCCACAACCUGCCAAGAAGCUGUGCGUUAAACAGCCUCCACAUCCACCUGCGGCAUGGAUGGAUCAACACAAGCUCAAUGGACAGAUCAUGACAACCGCUGAGUCAACUCAACCUGCAUUGAUGGAUAACGGUGGUCUCCAGAACCAUCCGUUCGAGUUAAAGGAGCAGAUCUCAAACUUGGAGACUUUCUUGGGUCUGGAGCAUGAGUCGAGUGUCCAGUUCGAUGGGCUCGUGUUCGAGCCCAGCGAUCUCUGGGCAUUGGAUGGGUUCACUGUCACGGUUUGAGUCCGCGCUUGGCCUAUAUGAACCAGCUCAUUUACUAUUAUAUAUGGGCGGCUCAUGCUCGUGUUAAUAAAAUAAUCGUUCGCCACUGCUCGAUGAUUUCCUAUGUAGUUGUGCAUGGACGUUUUAGACGUUAAGUAAUGGUUGUGUGAGUGUGACUUUUAACAUGUUGUAAGCUAGUUUGUACGAAAUAUGUGAUGUGUUUUAUAAAGUUGUUGUAGUAUAAAAAAUUGAUGUGUUACGUA